CAAAACAAGAGGGCAUAUUGUAGUAGUAGUAGUAGCAGUAGCAAUACUACUGUAACGACAGACAAGACAAGACAUUCAGUAUGGAUGUUUGGAGCAUGCGACUCAUCAAAGCUGGGUAUGAUUGGUGAGACAGACAGAGUGGUACCAACCAGAAUCACACAUUUGCCUCACAGACUACGAGUGAUUGACGGUGGUUCUACUUGGCAAACGAGCUUCAUUCUCACCGAUGACAACCAUUUGUUCAUGUGGGGAACAAAUAGCGCUGGUCAAAUGGGUCUGCCUGCCAACCAGGUCUUUAGAUUCCCAACUGAAUCUGACAUGCUAAAGAUGGUGGACAUUGAUAAGGUUGGCAUGGGCAGGUCGUUCACAGUCAUUCUUACCAAGCAAGGAAAGAUGUUAUCACUUGGUUCAAAUGAGUUUGGACAAUUAGGAUUGGGUGCUGGUGUCAGAGGGUCACAUACACCUAGAGUCAUCGAGACAUUGUCACAACAAUCAAUUGUAUCAAUUGGUGCUGGAUUUGACCAUGCCAUCGCAGUAACAAAGACAGGACAUGCAUUUGGAUGGGGAUACAAUAUAGAAGGUCAGAUUGGACAAAAGAUAGUGGAAUACAAGAGAGUACAAACUGCAGAUGGUGAAUCAGCAGAGAACUUGGACGAAAUGGACAGGACAAUGGUGGCCGACGAGGAGUUCAAUCUACCUCUACUGGUACCAGGCCUAGAGAAUAUCAAGAUUGCUAGAGUGGUGUGUGGAUAUGACUGUACCUUCUUCAUCUCGUCAAGAGGCAAUGUCUAUGCCGUAGGAAACAAUGAAACAGGGACUCUGGGAAUAGGCGAUGAUGACAAUGCAGGCAGAGUUAUGAAACCAACCAAAGUACUGAUGCCAGACAAGGAGAGAGUCAAGAGUAUGGCAUGUGGCGCUACACAUGCACUGUUCCUAUCAGAGUCUGGAAGAGUAUAUUCAUGUGGUUGGGGCUCAGAAGGCAGACUUGGUUUGGGUGACAACACCAUCAAUCGCUAUAAUCCGACGCAAAUCACCUUCUUCCAAGAGAAUAAUAUCAAGAUUGUUCAGGUUUCCGCUGGAGGUGCUCAUUCUCUGGCUCUCACCGACGAUGGAAAGGUAUACAGCUGGGGAUGUGGAGACAAUGGAAAGCUUGGCCAUGGUAACACUGCUGGUGAGAAUAUACCCAAAUUGAUCGAGUCAAUCUCAAACAGAGAGGUGAUUUUUGUAGCUGCCGGUAUUGACACUUCAAUGUUGGUAGUUAAAGAAUAA